UAAAAUAUUAUUGUGUUCGGCGUUAGGAAGGAAGAAAGGAAGUUUUUCCCCUUUUGUGAAGGGGACAAUGUUGCGGUAACUCGUUAGAAAAUCGGCAUGAGGCAUGUGAUGAAGAACAAGAAUUUCCAGCAUUAUUUGUCGAAUAAUACAAGAUGAAUGUUUCAUUAGGAACUGCAACAUUUGAUAGAGUAUUAGCUGGAAAAGCAGGAGCCCAACAGACAGAUGAAGGUGAUUUGAUAGGAGUUCAAAAGUUCCAUGACCCAAGCUUUGCACCUCUUAGAAAGCUCAGUGUGGACUUGAUAAAGACCUACAAGCACAUUAACAAGGUGUACUACAGAACGAAUGUUAAAGAAAACAGAAGAGCACUGAAACUUCAAGCAAUUCCAUGGUUUCAUGGGACGAUCACUAGAGACCAGGCUGAAGCACUACUUAGUCCGCAUCAAGAGGGCUUGUUUCUGGUCAGAGAUAAUUUGCAGGGAGACUACACUAUUUCUGUUUGCCAUGGCCGUGAGGUCGAACACUACAAAGUAAAUCAAACAGAUGACAGCAAACUCACGGUUGACGAUAAGACUCAUUUUGAUUAUCUUACACAACUUGUCAAGGUAGGUAGAGAAAACAUAUAGAAUGGAGAUUAUUGCCACGGUAAAACUACCCGUAAAGAGGGCGGAGCUAGCUGGUGGCAGCAUCCCACCUUGUCUACUCCCUCCGGGUACUAUAAACCCAAUCUCGGCCUUUAGGCAGGCUCUGACUCAAAAGCCCAUUCUUAAAUUAAAAGCAUUAUCACUAGUCUGGUUUGUAUCGUUUCUGGCGCUUUCAGCUUCGGUAACAGCAGCCUUUUACCCUAGGGUCGCUAGUCUCCAACCUGGAGAAACAGUCGUCGCACUUAGUAUAGUCUGCACCCUUUGACCUGUACGGUCUGUAUCCUCCCGCUGGUAUAGCUGCAGGGUUCACUGAGACACAAGUCUCUCCCUUCCCCGACCACAGCAAGGUGGCGAGAUAUCCUAUACAAUAACAGCAGCCUUUUACGCUAGGGUCGCUAGUCUCUAACCUGGAGGACCAGUCGUCGCACUUAGUACAGUCUGCACCUUUGACCUAUACGGUCUGUAUCCUCCCGCUGGUAUAGCUGCAGGGGUUACUGAGACACAAGUAUCCCCCUUCCCCGACCACAGCA